UUAUUGGCUAAUUUUGGAUCCGUUUGGUCUUAAUUCACCUUCUCCGAUGUUAUCGCCGGCGAAGUGUGAAUCAGAAGAGGCUCGAGCUCGAUUGGAUCUCCAUUCUUCUUCUAGAUCCGAACCGGAAUGCCUCUCUCUUGUCCUCUGGGUACCCAAUUCAGAAGGAGCUGAGAUGCUCCACGACGACGGAGAUAUGAGUUUGAGGAGAUCCUCGAAGAUUAACUGUAAUUCGCCUAAACAGAACGGAGGAGAAGGUGGGGUUUCGCAGAGGAAGACUUCCCGUCGUAAGCCGCAGCGGCUUCUUAUGCUGACGAACGGUUGUCAAGUUCGGAGGUCUCCGAGAUUUACGGCGGCGGGUGGGAAUUUCGACAAUGUGUGCUCGGUUCCGGUUACCGGAAAGUCUGGGUCGAGGAAGAGAAAGAGUAAUAGUGCUCUCGAGAAGAAGGAAAGCUCAGAUUCUCAGGGAUUGACAUUCAAAGACGUAGCUGGAAUUGCCAAGUGCCUGGAGUUGGAAAUCAUUUCUGAGAGCCAAUAUAAAAACAACGUUGGUGAAGGUAGAUCAAGAUUACCAGAUAAAGCCAAGAGGAAAGUUGAGAGUGAUACAUCAUCGUCAAGAAUCAACAGUUCUAACCAGAGUCUCGGCUGCAAUAAACGAACGAGGAGAUCUCCAAGAUUCAUGAAGGAAACGGUGAACGAGGUAGAAGAUUAUCUAGGCAAGUCUAAGGAACAAGGGAAGUCUCUGGCCUCUGGGAAGUCGUUCAACAUAUUUCCAAGGCUAUCUAGAAUUGUUGAAAAUGGCCACACAGAAACUGUGAACACAAUAAAAGAUUGUGGCCCAGCAUUAUGUGGUGCGGAAAAGGUGAGAGGACCUGAGAAGCUGGUGCAAAUUAGUGAGAAUGAUAAUUCUUGUGAGGCGAUAAAGAGAUGUGAAGGUGAUGGCGUUGUUUCAUCCACGCGAGAGCUAUUAGUUUCUGCUUCGGGUUGCAUCAAGACAACUGUAAAUGGUUGUAGGGACAGAACGUUAGGAAAAACCAGAUCUUCGGACCUAAAUGUGGAUGAUAUUCACACUAGCUCUUUGAAAAUUAGCAACAAUCGUACUAGUAACGGAUUAAUUAUGACGACCGGUUUGGUGGAGCAAGAAGCAAUGGCUUCUUUACGUCAGGGUAAAACUAGUGCUUGUGGUGCUGCAAAUAAGGGAACAACUAGGGGAAAGCAUGUAAAAUCUACUGUGAUCUGUCUCUCUGACAGCAAUGAACAGUCUUCUGGUGAAUAUUUGUAUAUGAAAAAUUUAAAUGGAGAUGUUUUGACACAAGUCGAAAGUGGAUCUACCCUCUCCUGUGGGGGAAACGAGGGAAUCGUUUCAUUGGAUCUGAAUAUUCCAACGAAAUCAACCAAGAGAAAGGGUAAAUGGGUAACCCGAACUGCUGUCCAAGAGCAGGACAAACGUAGUACCUGUUUUUUCAUUGGAGAGCCAAUUUCUUGCGAGGAGGCUCAAGAAAGAUGGCGCUGGAGAUAUGAUCUGAAGGAACGUAAAUCUAAGAGUAGAGGCCAACAAUCAGAAGAUGACGAAGACAAGAUUGUUGCAAAUGUGGAAUGCCAUUAUUCACAAGCAAAAGUCGACGGGCACACCUUUAGCCUUGGAGACUUUGCCUGCAUAAAGGGUGAAGAAGAAGAGAACUAUGUUGGCAAGAUAGUAGAGUUUUUUAAGACAACAGAUGGAGAGAGCUACCUCCGAGUUCAGUGGUUUUACAGAGCAACAGAUACAGUAAUGAAACAGCAGGCAACUAAUCAUGACAAAAGGCGUCUCUUCUAUUCUACCGUAGUGAAUGACAAUCCAGUAGAUUGUCUUAUUUCUAAAGUUACUGUUUUACAAGUUUCACCUACGGCAGGAUUGAAGCCCAAUUCUAUAAAGUCGGACUACUAUUUUGAUAUGGAGUAUUGCGUGGAGUAUUCAACUUUCCAAACCUUGAGAAAUCCUAAAUCGUCAGAAAACAAGCUUGAGUGCUGUGCCAAUGUGGUACCUACAGAAUCCACUAAACCUAUUUUGAAAAAGAAAUGUUUUAGUGGGAAGCUUCCUGUGCUUGAUCUUUACAGUGGUUGUGGUGGAAUGUCAACUGGGUUAAGUCUUGGAGCCCAAAUAUCUGGUGUUGAUGUCGUGACGAAAUGGGCUGUUGACCAGAAUAUGGCUGCCUGUGAGAGCUUGAAAUUGAACCAUCCAAAUACACAGGUUAGAAAUGAUGCUGCCGGAGACUUCCUCCUACUUUUGAAGGAGUGGGAUAGAUUAUGCAAGCGAUAUGUGUUUAAUAAUAAUAAUCAGAGAACUGAUACCUUAAGAUCCGUAAAUUCAACAAAAGAAAAAAGUAAAAGUAGCUCUUCUGGUGACGAUGAUUCAGACACUGAGGAGUAUGAAGUGGAAAAACUGGUUGAUAUAUGCUAUGGUGAUCCUGACAAGACAGGAAAAAGUGGCUUGAAAUUUAAGGUGCACUGGAAAGGAUAUAGCAGCAACGAAGAUACAUGGGAACUAGCAGAUGAAUUGAGCAAUUGUCAAGAUGCCAUUCGGCAGUUUGUAACUAGUGGAUUUAAGUCCAAGAUCUUGCCACUUCCUGGUGGUGUUGGUGUGAUAUGUGGUGGACCUCCAUGUCAAGGAAUUAGUGGCUAUAAUCGGUACAGGAAUGUUGAUUCUCCGUUAAAUGAUGAAAGGAACCAGCAAAUUAUAGUUUUCAUGGACAUAGUGGAGUAUCUGAAACCCUCGUAUGUGUUGAUGGAAAACGUUGUCGAUAUUCUGCGUUUGGACCAAGGUUCUCUUGGGCGAUAUGCUUUGAGCCGUCUUGUGAACAUGAGAUACCAAGCAAGGUUAGGUAUCAUGACAGCUGGUUGCUAUGGUCUUUCCCAGUUUCGAUCCAGAGUUUUCAUGUGGGGAGCUGUUCCUAACAAGAACCUACCUCCGUUUCCGCUUCCAACCCAUGAUGUUAUUGUCAGAUAUGGGUUUCCACUUGAGUUCGAGCGGAAUGUAGUUGCUUAUGUUGAAGGCCAACCCAGACUACUUGAAAAAGCUCUUGUUCUAAAAGAUGCGAUAUCAGAUCUUCCUCCUGUAUCAAACGACGAAGACAGGGAAAAGAUGCCUUAUGAAUGUCUCCCAGAGACAGAUUUUCAGAGAUACAUUAGAUCAACCAAACAUGAUUUGACAGGCUCUGCAAUUGAUAACUGUAACAAAAAGGCAAUGCUACUGCAUGAUCACAGGCCGUUCCAUGUAAAUGAAGAUGAUUAUGCCCGAGUUUGCCAAAUACCAAAGAGGAAGGGAGCUAAUUUCAGGGAUCUUCCAGGGUUAGUUGUCAGAAAUAAUACAGUCUGCCGUGAUCCAUCAAUGGAACCGGUUAUUCUGCCAUCAGGAAAGGCUUUGGUACCAGAAUACGUCUUCACUUUUCAGCAAGGGAAAUCUAAAAGACCUUUUGCCCGUGUUUGGUGGGACGAAACAGUUCCAACCGUUCUAACAGUCCCAAGCUGCCACAAUCAGGCGUUAUUGCAUCCUGAGCAAGAUCGAGUGCUAACCAUAAGAGAAUGUGCACGGCUUCAAGGUUUCCCUGAUUACUUCCAGUUCUGCGGAACCAUGAAACAGAGGUAUUGUCAGAUUGGAAAUGCAGUGGCAGUCUCGGUUUCUCGUGCUUUAGGUUAUUCUCUUGGUAAGGCUUUUCACGGUCUAGCCGGCGACGAGCAUCUGAUAAAACUGCCCCAAAACUUUUCUCAUUCAACUUACCCUCAGCUUAAAGAAGCCAUUCCUCAUUAAAGGGAUAUGGGACAAGUUAUUGUAACUUAUAUAAGGCUUUGUUUGAACGCCUACAUGACCGACCUCACAAGGAUCAAUUUUUUUAUUUUGAAAUUAUCUUAUGUUAAUGAACUGUGAAUUUGUGAUGUCAUAUUAGGAACUAGACAGCUCAGUUCUCGAUGGAGAUUUUGGUUUGGUUCA